AUGGGAAUACAUGCACGGAGACAAAUAAAGUAUUAUUCUUCUCACGGAAAUUAUGAGAAAGGUCGAGGCGGAUUCGUCGCCAAUUGUUAUUUCCCGAGUUCGUAUCGUGUUCUCGUCACCUCGGAUCUAGACUUUUCUUGCAGGGACGCGACCCGAGCGUUCGUCACCGGCGACUUUUCGCCCGAAGGUUUGAUCGAUGACGUGGAUGGCCUGUCUGAUGCGGAUCUCCGCGGACUCGACGAAUGGUCCAAGUUCUACGAUCGGGAAUACAGCUAUGUUGGGAAACUGAGUGGACGAUAUUACGAUGCGAAAGGACGCCCGACAGCUUACCAGAAACAGUUCACAAAAAACCUGCGGAAGGCCUUUCAGUCCAAGGAUGCCGAGGAAAGUUUGCGCAAAAUAUUCCCGCCAUGCAAUUCCGAAUGGAAACAGGAUUCCGGCGGCCGGGUUUGGUGUUCCGAAAGGAGCGGCGGUGUUGAGAGGAGUUGGGCCGGAGUGCCGAGGAAAUUCUUUGAGCCGGGAACUGGGAAAUUCCGGUGUGCUUGCGUGAAGAACUUCGGGGAGCCGCUGUUCGGCGGCGGUGGAGCUGAUGACGUCGGCGAUCUCAGCAAUCCAAAUUUGAUGGAGUACGAAGGGUGUGCCAAGGACUCUGUGUCAUGUCAGCUGCCUAAAAAUUGAUCCUCAGUGAGCUUAUCUAAUAUCAAUGAUAAAUACCUUGGCUUCGUGGUAUUAUUUUUGAAUACAAAGGCGUGUUAAAUGGCAAGUAUGUAGCGAAGCGGAGGUUCUCACGAGUCGUUGUCGUCAUUGAUGCUCUCAACGGAGCCCCCUUCAGGAUUUAUUUCCCAUGGAGAAGCUCCCGUAGGACUGAAGGAUUUCUAAAAUUCGAUUCAUGUAGCUCAGAAAAAUCGUAAGUUCAUAUCUCCUACUAAGUGUCAGCCUACAAUUGGGAGUUACAAAUCUCCGAAUUUUCUUGAUUUCUGAAUGGAUAGGCCGAGUGGUGCACAAGUUGAGAGCCUAUGUUUUAUAUAAAUCUGUACUCAACUGCCUUCGAAAGGAUUUUGUUCAUUCAUGGAAGCCAUACGUAUUCUGUACCCGAAGGGUUGUCUUGCUCAUCCGUUCCAUUCUCUCGUGAGAAAAGCUUGAAGUGCAUGACGCACAAGUUGAUGUGUGGAUUUUUUUUCAAGUGAACGAAGAGCUCAUAUUUGAUAUCCUGUGCCAAAUGUUGAAACGAUGCAUUCCUGUUGUUUGUUUUUUGCCUGGAUUGUGGGAUUUGUUAUGGGAGCUCCUAAGCGACCGUUUGCCAGCGCGAAGUUGGUCUGAUGAAUGCAGUUCGCGUAUGAUUGGAAAAGGAAAUGUUCGUUCAUCAGUGAUGCAUAGGUUAGACUUGGAUAAUGACUAAACACUUUUGAAUUCCGUAUUUCUGUUGCAGAAAUAUUUGAGACAUUUUGAUCGCGUUAUUGUGAAAAAUAUCGUAUCGGCGGGUGUGCUAUGUUGGGAAAAUGAAUUGACUGUCAUCCUUGGCACUGGAAGAAUUCACAGGCGAAAUGAGUUGCGCUGUGAAUUCCCUAGUGCCAACUAAGACGGCAAUUCUGGCUUCUCCCAACUGAAAAUCUCCCCGGUUUGAAGCGUGAUUUCGGGUGAAGUGUGAAUUUCUUUAAUAAAAGCAUAUUUUGUAUCUUC